GCGGAUAUAGUGAAUGCAGGGUCCGGGGAGAGCGGAUAUAGUGAAUGCAGGGUCCGGGGAGAGCGGAUAUAGUGAAUGCAGGGGUCCUGACAGAGCGGAUAUAGUGAAUGCAGGGUCCGGGGAGAGCAGAUAUAGUGAAUGCAGGGUCCGGGGACACCAGAUAUAGUGAAUGCAGGGUCCAGGGAGAGCAGAUAUAGUGAAUGCGGGGUCCGGGGAGAGCGGACAUAGUGAAUGCAGGGUCCGGGGAGACCAGAUAUAGUGAAUGCAGGGUCCGGGGAGACCAGAUAUAGUGAAUGCAGGGUCUGAGGAGAGCGGAUAUAGUGAAUGCAGGGUCCGGGGAGA